GUAUGGAGGUGAAAGGUUGGGAUAAUGGCGGUGCCCAGAAGGGUUGAUGUGAGAGGUGAGCCGAACCGAGGUAUCGAGGCCUUCCCGUAACUGCGGGCAGGAUGCUGGCCCGCUGCUGCGCCUGGGCCCCGGCUGCCCUCAGGUUCGGGCUUGGUUGCAGGGUGAUGGGAGGCACGGUGGAGUGCAGGCGGCGAUACCCCGCAGCAGAACGAAAGAAAUUUUAUCAGAACGUUAGCAUUUCGCAAGGGGAAGGAGGAGUAUUCGAGAUAAACCUUGACCGUAGGAAGCUAAAGACUCCUCAGGGCAAAUUGUUCACAGUUCCCAGUGAAGCUCUGGCAAUUGCUGUUGCCACAGAAUGGGAGUCCCAAGGAGACGUACUGCAGCUCUUUACCAUGCAUCUGACAACUUUGUGUAAUACUGCACUGGAUAAUCCAACACAAAGAACAAAAGAACAGUUGAUUAGGUCAGCUCUCAAAUUCCUGGACACAGACACAGUCUGUUACAGAGUGGAGGAGCCACCUGGCUUAGUGGAACUUCAGAAAAAUGAAUGGGAUCCUGUUGUUGAAUGGAUAGAAAACAGAUACAACGUUGAGAUUGGCUCCUCCACAAAUAUCUUGGGACCAAACAUUCCAAAGGAGUCCAAGGAGACCUUCAAACAACAUCUCUCUUCCUACAAUUUUUGGGCACUAAUAGGUCUGGAGUAUGUCAUCCAUCAGCUUAAAUCUGUGGUUCUUUCCCUAAAUCUAAUUGACCGAAACCUCAGCGUAGAGAAGGCUGUGUUGCUGUCUCGGCUAGAGGAACAGUAUCAGAUUGAGGUUUGGGGAAAUGUUGAAUGGGCACAUGACUACGACCUCUAUGAACUACAAUCACGGACUGCAGCAGGAGCCUUGUUUGUCCAUCUAAGUUCGGAGAGCUCCACCAUGAAACAUAAGCUGUUGCAAGACUGAAGUGACUGAUCGUUUUAGUUCUUUCCUGUAACUGUGAGAUUAUUUUCCUUGUUUGGGUAUAUAAGAAGAGUAUUUUAAAAAAUAUAAAAAUAAAAACAUUUUACUCUGAA